UCGGACUCUUUAAACCUCAUGACCACAUGAUUGUUGGUGAUAGCAGUAUAUUCAAUGAUGAAAAUCUCCCCCUAGAGUUUGAAGUCCCAGGAGAUGGAAAUGUCGAAAAGACUCAGGCGGGAGGGAAUGGAGCAUCAGAAGUUGAUACAAACAGAUUUCGCGAUCUGUUAAAUGAAGGUAAUGCAGGAAAAUACCAUAAAAGAACUGAAUCAAUGCAAGGAGAGACAGAAAACAUUCAACCGCCUGUGUUAGAAGACAAUACCGCGAUAACAGCCACGCCAGCAAUUACAGUAAGCGUACCAUCUUCAGAAGGCCCUGCGAUUAACAAACCCUCAAAUGUAACAGUCGUAAUAAAAAAAGAAAACUACCCAUCUACCAUAGAAGACACUGUACUCGAAGAAAACAAAACGGCAAGUCCAACAACCGAUGUAGGAAUAUUUUCUAGAACAAAGGAAAUUGAAAAUUCUCAAUCAGAAGCAAAAACUACAAUAAUAGUAGACCUAUCUGCUACAAAAGAUAAAACUAUGAUUGAAGCGAACAAAACAUCAAAUCUAACAAUUGGUUCAAAAAUAUCAUCCACUCCAGAGGAAGUGGAAACCAACAUGGUCAAAGACGCAUCCACCACAGAAGAUAAUACAAUGCUUGAAACAAACAAAACAGCAAAUCCAACAAGCAUUGUAGGCAUGUCUAUCACAGAAGAUAAUACAAUGCUUGAAGAAGAAAAUCCAACAGCCAUAGUAUACACAUCUUCCACACAAGCUCACACUGUGUUCAAAGCAAGCAAAACGCCAAUUCAAAAAGCUAAGCUAGAAACAUUAUCUAUAACGGAAGAAAUUCCAUCAGCCGCAGUAGACGUACUAUCCAUAACUGAAGAUAACACUGGUUACGAAGAAAAUGCAACAGCAAGUCCAACAGCCAUUUUAGACACUCCUGUCACAGAAGAUGACACUGGACUGGAAGCCAACAAAUCGAUUUCAACAGCCAGAGUAGACACAUUAUCUAUUACAGAAAACACCAUGUUUAAGGCAAACAAAACAGGAAAUUCACCAACCAAGCUAGAAAUAGUACCUAUAGCAGAGGAAAUUGAAACCUUAAUGCUUGAUUCAAACAAAUCAACAAACCCAACAGAUAUAGUUGACUUAUCUGUCACUGAAGACAACACUGUAUUUGAAACGAACGAAACGGCAAAUCCAGCAACUGAAAUAUUAUCGAACAAAUCAAUUAACCCUAAAGCUAUUAUAGAUGUAUUUUCUGUCGCACAUAAUAACACUUUGCUCGGAACCAAUAAAUCAUCAAACCAAACAGUCAUUGUAGACGUAGCGCCUGUCACAGAUGUAGACUUUUUGCUCGAAUCCAACAAAACUGCAACUGAAGUAGAAAUAUCAUCUAUAACAGAAGAAACAUUGGUGGUCACGGAAGAUGGCACUGUGUUUGAAACCAACAAAUCAACAAACCAAACAGCAAGGGUAUAUGCUUUAUCUAUAACAGAUGACACUGUGCACCAGCCUAACGAAACAGCAAGGGUAGAUGCUUUAUCUAUAACAGAUGACACUGUGCACCAACCUAACAAAACAGCAAGCCCAACAGUGGCAGACACAUCACCUAUAACUGAAGUUAAGAUUGUGCAUGUAGGCAACAUCUCAUCAAAUGCAACAGCCUUAAUAUACGUAUCUGUACUAGAUGAUAGCUCUGAAGUCAUAGCCACCAAAUCUACAAAUGCAACUGUUGUUGAAAAUGAUACAAUAGAAAUAAGUAAAUUAACAAAUGCGACAAUACCCCCUGUUGGAUUGCGAAAUGUCUCCUUAGAAGAUGAUGUAGGGCUCAAGGUUUUGGCGCUCAAUGAUGAAAUGAUUGGUCUUCUUAAAUGCAGCUUUAAUGUAGUGGAGAAUGAAUCAUCACCGGAAUCAACACCAUCAUAUCGCACAGGCGUUUGUGUUGACAACAAUGACUGUGCUUUAAAACUAAACAGUUAUUGUAGCGACAUUAAUGGUGCUUCUAUGUGUGUAUGUAGGCCAGGAUAUUAUGACAACAACGGUCAUUGCCAAGAUUCAAAAAAAUUCUCUGGCAAAAUAAGAAUUAUUGGAUGCAGAAAUGAAUUAGUAGAACUUCAUUCGGACUUGCAAAACACUGGAUCAAGUUUAUUUGAUGAAAUGGACGCCCAUUUUCAAGUAAUUAUUUCAAAUGUGCUUUCCGUUACCGAACUGGCUGAAUAUUUCCUUGGAAGUAAGGUAUAUGGUUUCAAAGCAGGAAGUUUGAUUGUCGAAUUCACAACAAUGUUUCUACCAUCACAACUGGUAACUAGAGAAAGUAUAAAAGAUGCUUUAAUUGUCGCCUUUGCUGGACUUGAAAAUAUAACAGUUGAUGCGGAUAGUAUAUACAUUGAAGACUAUGACGAAUGCCAAUCAUCCUGGUCUAACGACUGUUCAACGAGUGCAACAUGUGUUAAUACUGAAGGUUCCUUCAUCUGUCAAUGUUUAGAUGGUUACACCGAUCCAUCUCCUAGUUUUCCAGGAAGAGAAUGUAUAGAUCUGAAUGAAUGCGAUGAUCCAUCUACUAAUGACUGUUCAAUAUAUGCAGAGUGCUUCAAUUCUGAUGGCUUGUACACGUGUAGAUGUAACGAUGGAUACGUGGAUAGCUUUGAGAAUAGAAUAUUUUAUCCAGGCCGCAAUUGCACAGCUAUCUGUGCUACUGAUUAUUGUAAAAAUGGCGGUACGUGUGAAAACGACGGUGUUGAUAAACCACUCUGCAAGUGUACAGAACAGUAUAAUGGAAUUCAGUGCGAAGUAUUGAUCACUGACGAUAAAGACAAGUAUAUGAUUAUAGCCAUCGCCGUGAGUGUAGUUGCUGCAGUACUUGUGGUGAUACUUUGUAUAAUGGCUUGCUGUUCGUGGGAGAAAGCGUGUUGUUGUUUUACAAACGCACGAAGGCGUGAAGCCAAUAUCACUAUGCACGACAUGUACGUUGGUGAGGGUGCUGCAAUAAAAGCAGUAAGGAGAACCUCGUCAGGAAAGAGCACGCGAGCGAGAGACGGUAGUUGCAAGGCAGUGGACGUCAUACGAUAUUCCCCAUACUGGGAAACCAAUUUAGGUGGAAGCAUCGAAAGACCAAGUAAAGAAGAACGCCAGCGUCUUGCUGUAGACCGUGAUGAGGGCACAGAAUCUUGUGGGAGACAGAAUUACAGUAUGAUAGGCCAUCACGGAUCGGCGAAUGUACUGUCACACGAGACUCAACCUUCAAUUAGGACUUCCGCUGCUCUAGUACAUUAACG